CCACCCCUAACUCCACUCGUAAAAGCUUGAAAAUUACUACGUAUUACUACCAUCCUAUCUGUUGACGGCGGGUAGUCGCCGAUUGCCGUUGAACUGUUGAAGGGAAGCAGAGACGCCGGAAUGGCGUCACAACACGGCAUCAAACUGGCCGUUCAUCUCGUCUCCUCCUUACUCGGCGAUCACAACGCUAAAGUAUGUGAGUGCCUGUUGAGAAGAGGAACCCUAACAUUACCGCAGAUUAUACAGUUCACAGAGCUUAGCGCAGAUAAUGUAAGGAAGUGUCUGCUCGUGUUAAUUCAUCAUAACUGUGUUCAAGCCUUUGCCAUUAAACAAGAUGGUGCAUUUGGGACUGAACCAAAAAUUGUAACCAAUUACAUGGCAUUAUUUGAUAAUAUAAUCCAUAGGAUGAGGUUUCCUAAGUUUCUAGAGAUUGUGUCCCAGGAGCUUGAUAAAAAAUGUGGAGAGAUGUUUGAAGGGUUGCUUCAGCAUGGCAGGCUUUCUUUCAGCCAAAUACUUGAUAGGCACAAGGAAACGGCAAAACAAGAAGUUUCUGGUGAAGAUGAUGUGUUGGAUAGAUUCCAACGCCUUGCUCAAGCUCGAUUUGUAGAACGCUGUCCAGACCCACUACCAUUUCUUGAUCCGCAUUCUAAAGAUAAAGAUGAAUCCGCAGCAAAGAAAAAAGCCAAAAAAGCUAGCAAGCUUGCUGAAAAGAGUAUAGAGACCCAGGCUUUAGAAGAAGCAGCUCCCAUGGAAUCAUUAAGGUUUUCAGUUGAAAUGGACUCCUGGAACGAUGUUCCUGGCUGCAGCAAAAACACCAAAGAGGGAAAAAGUGUGGCAGCUGGAGGGAAGCGCAAGAAAGAUGAGAGUGAGUUGUCGGUGAAAGAUGAAAAGAAAGUGCUUUGGCGUGUUAAUUGUGAAGAGUUUGUGCGCCGCUUAAGGCAUAAGGCUUGCGUCGCAAAUGUGAAAGCACGAAUUAAUGAUGAAGCUGCAAUUGUUCUUGAUGCCAUCCUGGAACUGAGUAGAAGCUCUGGAACCCAAGUAAAAGCUGAUAAUUCAGCAUCACUGUCUAUAAAUUCAAUUUAUGAUGCUGUGAUAACUAAAGAAGCUGGUCUUGGUAUGGAUUUGGAACGCAUUAGAGGCUCACUGGUCCAACUGGGUUGUGAAGUUCCUCUGAUCCCGAUUGAUGAGUCAUAUAGUAUUGAUCUAAAGAAUAUAAUUGAAGUGGCAAGGACUGAAGAGGUGGAGCCCAUUGUGUUGAAACGAUAUGGAAGGGAGGCCUUUAGGAUGUUCAGGCUAGUCUCAAAAACUGGCAGACUCAUGUUAACUGAAGAGAUUUCAGAUGCCACGUUUGUUGAAAAGAAAGAUGCACUCAGGAUUCUUCUUGGACUUUGGCAGGAUGACUACUUGGAGAUGAAGAAAAUAAUUGUGCGCGGAAAUAAUCAAACAGAACAAAUGUUGUGGAGUGUUAGUAAACAGCUUCUUUGGAAGCGUGUUCUGGAUGAAAUGUACCAUGCUGCAUUGAAUCUGAGACUGCGAAUCACACACGAACAAGAGCAAGUCAAAAAGCUUGUAGGGGAGCUGGGCAGAGGAGACGGAAGAUCUGCAAAUGUUAGGCUUCUACUAGAGUCUGCCUUUAUGAACCUUGAUGAUGCUAUCAUGCUCUUCCAUGACUUUUAGGUGUACACAUUUUUAGUAAUUUAUAAAAACAAAUGGCGAACAAUGAUUAUGAAGCUUGGCAUCAUAGGUUGCCGUAGGCCCGUAGCGUGCGUGUGUUACACAUUGAGAUGAAUAAUAACAAUAUUAUAAUGGUUAAAAGGUCAAUAGGUCCAUGUACCGGUUCAAAAUUCUUAAUUUGACCCAUGGAAAUGUUCAAAUCUCACAUAUUGUAGUAACGCUCCAGUCACAGCCACGUCACCGUUAUGUUGCUAGCGAUGCAUCUUCCGUGGUAAUUUAAGGGAUCAAAUAAGCCCCUGAACCUGACCGAGUUGUUCAAUUCACCUCUCAACCAUUAAAAAAUGUCAGAAAUGCCAAUAGUACAUGGUCUAUUUGACCUUUUAGCCUAUUGUUGUUGUUGUUGUUGUUGUUGUUAUUGUUGUGAUUAUAAUUCUUUUAUAUUCAUUCUACU